GGUGAGCGGAACACGGAGUACGGCAAGCGGGAGAGUCAAACGGUCUCUUCCUUGGAGAGUAGGCAAAGGUUAGUUUCCCAGUUAGCGAGAGACGCUGUAGCUGGACGGGUCCUGCCAUGACGGCUUUCGAGAAGCCUCAGAUCAUCGCGCACAUCCAGAAGAGCCUCAACUACACGGUGUUUGACUGCAAAUGGGUGCCCUGCAGCGCCAAAUUCGUGACUCUAGGAAACUAUGCCCGGGGCACUGGCGUCAUCCAGCUCUACGAGAUCCAGCAUGGGGACGUGACGCUGCUGCGGGAGAUUGAAAAGGCCAAGCCCUUUAAAUGUGGAACAUUUGGUGCAGCAUCUCUACAGCAAAGAUAUCUAGCUACUGGGGAUUUUGAUGGAAACCUGAAUAUAUGGAAUUUGGAAGCGCCACAGAUGCCAGUGUACUCUGUAAAAGGCCAUAAGGAAAUCAUAAAUACUAUAGAUGGUGUAGGUGGCUUAGGAAUUGGGGAAGGAGCACCAGAAAUCGUAACAGGCAGCCGAGAUGGAACCGUAAAGGUAUGGGACCCCAGGCAAAAAGAUGUUCCUGUUGCUAAUAUGGAACCUGUACAAGGAGAAAGCAAGAGAGACUGUUGGACUGUUGCAUUUGGCAAUGCUUAUAAUCAAGAGGAACGUGUUGUAUGCGCUGGCUAUGACAACGGGGAUGUCAAAUUAUUUGAUCUAAAAAAUAUGUCAUUAAGAUGGGAAACAAAUAUUAAAAAUGGGGUUUGUAGUGUGGAGUUUGACAGGAAAGACAUCAGUAUGAAUAAACUAGUAGCUACAUCACUAGAAGGAAAGUUCCAUAUUUUUGACAUGAGAACUCAGCAUCCAACCAAAGGGUUUGCCUCUGUUUCAGAAAAGGCUCAUAAAUCUACUGUGUGGCAAGUCCGACAUUUGCCCCAGAACAGAGAGAUCUUUAUGACUGCUGGAGGUGCGGGGGGCCUUCAUCUGUGGAAGUAUGAAUACCCUGCUCACCGUUCGAAGAAAGAUUCUGAGGGAGUAGAGAUGGGAGUAGCAGGUUCAGUAAGUCUGCUACAGAAUGUAACCCUGUCAACACAGCCCAUUUCCAGCUUGGAUUGGAGCCCAGACAAGAGGGGUCUCUGUGUCUGCAGUGCAUUUGAUCAGACAGUGAGAGUGCUGAUUGUUACAAAGCUCAAUAAAGUUUGACCUAAGAACUUUGGACCUUGGAACUUCCCAAGGAAACAUCUUAGAGUUUAAGGUGUCUGGGUAAAAGAACGAUGGUUCUGUUGUUAUCCACUGACACAUACUGAAUUAAGCUGGUACAGAAAAUAUUAACAAACAUGAAAUAUGGCCUGGAGGUUAGGCAUGUGGAAUCCAAAGGGCUAUGCUCUCUUCACCUGAGUGUUGACUUGCCUGCUGCAGAGCACGGGAGUAGUGGGCUCUACAGAUGAGUUGCUUCUAGAGCAAAGCAGUGUAUUUUUUAAAAUUUCCAGCAAAACAUCUCUAUUUUUUAUAAUUUUGCCUCUGUUAAAUGUGUUCUACAUUUCCAAAGUUCCAAGGUUUUCUUUUACAACUGUAUUUCAUUGUGAUGUAUACAUCACAUAUAUUCUGUUUAAAAGUGUUUGCUUUGAAAAUGACCAUGAAUUACUCUUAGUAAACAUAUUCACUCUGGCAUUUCAGUGUCAGUUUCUUUGCAGGAUACUAUUUGGUAUUUAUUUUGUUUAUAAAAACCCAGAAUAGGCCAAUAAUUUUUGCUCACCAGUACUGCUCAUGAAAUAUACUAGAAAAUAUUAGAAUUUACAAAAAUCACUUUUUACAAUUUAAUAAAACUACUCCUAUUCUUGAAAGAUAAGUUCAAUUAUGUUUGUAAGACUUUUUCAUUGUUUAUUGUAAUCAUUUGUGGUUAUUGGAGAUGUACAAGAUUGUGGAGUCUGGGUAGUCUUUUGAUUUUUGGCAAAGCUUUUUUGUAUAUAUUAUAUAUAUAAACUUCCAGUACCUAAAAUGUAAAGAAACUUUAUGAUCCUGAUUGUCAGCCUAAUAAUAAUAGGAGGCAAAGGGUAGUCAUAAGAUAUGCUGGCAGGAGCCAAGCAGUGAGAAAUGCUACUUGGAGACAGAAAAAGAUUUAAAAAGUAUAUAACAACUCAGAAAAAGCAUAGUAUCCUAUAGCUACUUAUUGUCAGGGGAAACCAUUUUCUACCUUUUUUAAGUUCCUCGUGAAGAACUCUCUCCACCAACACAGAUCAGCACCUACAGGGCAACUUAUGAACCUUAAGAGCCCUGCCUGGGACCCUAAAGGGUUCGGUGAUUUUACCAAGCUUACACAGCAUCAUUUUAUUAUAGAGCAAUUGUCAGUAUGCACGGCAAUGAUCCCAGGAAAUUCAGAGGAGGUUUGGUGUGGUCUGCAUGUAACUUAUGCUUAAGAUAAACUGUGUAACAUUAGGAGAAAACACCAUCAAAAUAGUUGAUUUUUUUUCCUUAGUAGGAGAUGCUUCUGUUAUCCAGAGAAUCAGCUUUAUUCAGAAUAGCUCAUUAGUGUUGAGGUGUAAUGAAGGUAGCCAAAGUUUUUGAGUAGACAAGAGCUACUGUUAAGCAGUAGACUUUGCCUUUAAUCCUUAAACAACAACAACUUUCAUUUUCCCAUGUGUAAGAACCCCUCAAGGCUCAGUCCCAUUGGCCUCAAAGGUUGGCUUCCCAGAGAGCGAGGAUUGCUUCCUUCAGGUUUCUAGGGGCAACCUUGAUGAGCUGGAGGUUUUCUAGUAGUGUUGCUCACAAGCCGCCCCAACUGAUGGGCUCCCCGAUGAUUAUCAAUUAGCCAGCCAGACUUAAUUAGUUUUUAGAAAGAAGUAUUUAUUAAAUAUGUAUAGCAACAACGAUUGGUACAGAAAUGUCCCCCCCAAAACUGGGGCACACUCUCUCCUUUCACACACAAGAUCCCAGGGAAAAGUGGGCUAAGACUUAGCUCACAUGGUCAAAGGGUAGAAUCGCCGAUCCUGAUCAUUGGAAGUACUUUUCUCCCUUUGUGGAAUCCUCCUGAAAUUCCCCUUAGAUAAUCCCCUAUUGGGCUCUGAGAGUUGGUUCCUUAUAGAGUCCUGAAUCUGCCUGUUCUUAGUGUGUAUAACCGGUUCUCUGUCUCUCAGCUCUUGACAUCGAUUGUGCCAUCAGGCGAUGCUGCUGAGGGACACUACAAUGUAAACUGAUGAGAGUUCCAAUUCUUCCUACUUUUCUAAGUUCAUAAUUUUAUCACCUGAUCAGUGAGAGGGAGGGAGUGUAAUAUUCUGUCGGCGCUCACUUCCAUGUCAUCCCAUGUACCCCUUGCUAUCCACUUCUUCAAGUGAAAGGGUCUGCCUCUUUUUAAAAAUUUUUUAAUUUUUAAAACUUAUUUUAAACUUAAAUACAAAAUAAGAAAAAAAGAUUGCCAUGUACACAGCAGAGCAUAAGAGAAGAUUCAAUAUAAAGAAAGAAAUUUCCAUUUCAAGAAAACAUGUCAUAAAUAUUACAAAUUAUUUUCAAAGCUGUUCAUCUUUGCUUCCUUAUAUGUUUCCUUUUGUCUUCUGCUGUGUACUUUUUACUUUAUUUUUCUCUUUCCUCCACCCCACCCCAGGCUACAAUUCAGCAUGUAUAUUAUAUAUGUAUAUAUACAUAUGUGUAGAUAUCCAUAUACAUAUAUACACAUAUACAUUCAAUUGCAUAUACAUAAGACUGUAUUAUGCUUAUUUCCACCUGUCAUACGUUUCUCUAAAUGUGUGUAACAUCUUCCUUCAUAAGUCCAAGUCUUUCCAUAUUUUUCUAAAUCUAUCAGCUCAUUAUUUCUUACACCACCACAACAUUUCAACCCAAUCACAUUAUAUCUAGGAGAUUGUCUGUAAGGGUUUUACCCCAAUUUUCUGCCUUCCCUCUAUUGUUGGCUACAUAGGCUUCAUUUAUACAGGAAAUUUUUAAUUUAAAAUAAUAAAAAUUAACCAUUUUACACAUCAA